ACAAGGGACACUGGAAUCAUCAGCGGUGCCAUCCUUACAUCCUCACAGGGGAGCAUCCGCCCCUCUCUCGAUCCGCUCGAGGGGAACAUCAUCCUUGAGGAGACCGGGCUGAGAAGAACACAGUUCUACUACUCCUGUGGACCCUCCUGGGCUUCACAUAGCCACAGGUAGAAAGAAGGGAUGCUCUCUAGCUGAUCCAUGUCCUCUCUGUGAGUGAUGAGGCCCACUGGCUGGUGGGUCCUUGUGUGCUUGUGUGCUGCGCACGUGGGAGUACUGGCUGAGCAGCUCAAACAGGCUUCCACCCCGCUGCUUCCCCACCGGCCUUUUGUGGUGGUGUGGAACGCCCCUACGGAGUCGUGUCGCCUGCGCUUCAAGGUGGACCUGGACCUGAGCGUCUUUGACAUCGUGGCCAAUCACAACGAGACUCUGAGCGGCCCCAACGUGACCAUCUUCUACCACAGCCACCUGGGCCACUACCCGUACUACACCAGCGCCGGGGUGCCCGUCAACGGGGGACUCCCUCAGAACCAGAGCCUCACCAAGCACCUGAGCAAAGCUCGGGCGGACAUCGACAAACUCAUCCCGUUCAAGGACUUCCGUGGCCUGGGCGUCAUCGACUGGGAGAACUGGCGUCCGCAAUGGGUGCGCAACUGGGGCUCCAAGGACAUCUACCGGAACAAGUCGAAGGAGCUCAUCCGAAGGAUCCACCCCAACUGGCCUCAGAGCAAAGUGGAGCACGAGGCCAAGGAGCUGUUUGAGCGCGCAGGCCAGGCCUUUAUGAACACCACGCUGCGGCUGGCGCAGAGCAGGCGGCCGCACGGACUCUGGGGCUUCUACCUGUUCCCCGACUGCUACAACUACGGCUACAAGCAGCACCCGCAGCGCUACACGGGCGCGUGCCCCAACGUGGAGCACGUGCGUAACGACCACCUCAUGUGGCUCUGGAGGGAGAGCACCGCCCUCUACCCGUCCAUCUACCUCGACUACGAGCUCAAGUCCUCGCCCAACACUGUGAAGUUUGUGCACUAUCGCGUCAAGGAGGCCAUGAGGAUUGCUUCCAUUGUCCGCAAUGACUUCACCCUGCCUGUGUUCGUCUACUCGAGGCCCUUCUAUGCCUAUACCUUUGUUGUCCUCACUGAGACUGACCUGGUCCACACCAUUGGAGAGAGUGCAGCACUUGGAGCUGCAGGAGUCGUCCUCUGGGGCUCGUCUGAGUAUGCCAGGUCUGAGAGAAACUGCCUGACAGUGAAGAAGUACAUUGACGGCCCCCUUGGCCACUAUGUCAUCAACGUGACGUCUGCCGCCAAGUUGUGCAGCAAAGCUCUGUGCAAGAAGAACGGCAAGUGUGUACGGAAGAGCCUCGACUCCGGGGCCUAUCUACACCUGAACCCCCGCUUCUUCCACAUCCACCGCAACCCGGGGCCUCAGGGGCCACGCUUCACCGUCAGGGGCCACCUCAACAACCAUGACAUUCUGGACAUGAAGCACAAGUUCACCUGCCAGUGCUACCAGGGCUGGACGGGGAUCUACUGCGAGAUGCCUCAGACAACCGGGCUGCAGUCAGGGCCCUCCGACGGCUUCCUGGGGGACCUGCUCUUUGUUCUGUCCGUGCACUUCUCCUGCCUGUCCAUCAUCGUGUUCCUGGGCCUCUGCCUACUCAUCAAGUGCCUGAUCCUGUAGAGAGGUAGGCGCUCUCGAAAAAACACAAGGGACCAUGCAUUUUUUUGUCAUA